AUGCAAAUGCGCCCCCAGCGGGGCGCUGCGAGCGAGUCGCUCCGCGGGUAGAGCAGAGCGGCGCGGCCGGCGGCGGAGCUCCGAGCUGCGGGCACGGCUCCGUUCCGCUCCGCCCCCGCGCCGCCAUGUCGCGGCUGCCGGUGCCGGCGUGAGGGAGACGCGGGCCGGAGUGCGACGGGCGCUGCCAUGCGGGGCCUGGCGGGCUGGCUGGCGCUGGCGACGCUGCUGGGCGAGUGGCUGCGGGCGGGCGGCGUGGUGCCGCUGGCGGACUUCUACCCGUUCGGGCCGGCGCAGGGCGACGCCGCCACGCUGAAGCAGGACGACGGCGGCUCCGAGCUGCGGCCCCUCUCCGUGCGCUUCCCCUUCUUCGGAGCGGGGCAUACCGGGCUCUACGUGAACAACAACGGGAUCAUCUCCUUCCUGAAGGAGGUCUCCCAGUUCACGCCGGUGGCCUUCCCGAUCUCCAAGGACCGACGUGUGGUGGCGGCUUUCUGGGCGGACGUGGACAACCGGCGGGCAGGUGAUGUGUAUUACCGGGAGAGCCAGGACCGGGCCAUCCUGGAGCGGGCGACCAAAGACAUCGCGCAGUACUUCCCCGAGUUCCCUGACUUCUCUGCCCAGUGGGUGUUCAUCGCUACGUGGUACCGAGUCACUUUCUUCGGGGGAAGCUCGUUUUCUCCGGUAAACACUUUCCAAAUAGUCCUCAUCACGGACGGCAAGCUCUCCUUCACCAUCUUCAACUAUGAGUCCAUCACCUGGACCACGGGUAUGCACGCCAGCAGUGGGGGGGACUUUGCUGGGCUUGGCGGCAUCGCAGCGCAGGCAGGUUUUAACGCCGGUGAUGGAAAGCGCUACUUCAACAUCCCCGGAUCCCGCACUGACGACAUCGCUGACGUGGAGAUGACGACAAAUGUGGGUAUCCCCGGGCGCUGGGUGUUCAGAAUCGAUGAUGCCCAGGUGCAAGUGGGGGGCUGCAGCAAUACAACCUCCGUGUGCCUGACACUGCGGCCCUGCCUGAACGGGGGGAAGUGCAUCGAGGACUGCAUUACUGGGAACCCCUCCUACACCUGCUCCUGCCUCGCGGGCUUCACGGGGAAAAGGUGCCAUGUCGACGUGGAUGAGUGUCUGUCUCACCCGUGCCAGAACGGAGCCACCUGCAUCAACAGCGUCAACAGCUUCAGCUGCCAGUGCCCGCCAGGCUUCAGAGGUGCCAGCUGUGAGAUCGAAGAGUCGCCGUGUGAGACCAAGGUGUGCCAGAACGGCGGGACGUGCCAGGUGGCAAAUGGGACAGCGGUGUGCACCUGCCAGCCAGGGUACGCGGGAGGAGAUUGCGAGACAGAGGUGAACGAGUGCGAGUCCAGCCCCUGCCUGAAUGGAGGGCACUGUGUUGACCUGGUUGAUAACUACACGUGUGUGUGCCUGGAGCCCUUCGUGGGACAGCGCUGUGAGACAGACCCCUCCUCCUGCGAGGACCGGAGCUGCAGGAACCGGCAGACAUGCAACUACAUCCGCCCGGGACGCUACAUCUGCACGUGCUCCCCGGGCUAUUAUGGCAACAACUGCCAAUACGGUGGCCCCCGUGUGCCCAGUGCCUGCCUCUCCAACCCCUGCCAGAAUGGGGGCAGCUGCCUGGAGCUGGAGCAGGGCUAUGCCUGUGACUGCCCGGAGGGCUAUGCCGGGCAGGACUGCCAUGACAAGCUGACGGAGGGCUGUGAGUGUCGUAAUGGGGGCAGCUGCCUGGAGGGGAAUGUCACCAUCUGCCAGUGCCUGCCAGGAUAUUUUGGCCUCCUCUGUGAAUUCGAAGUGACCACCACUCCGUGCAAUGUGAACACUCAAUGUCCAGAUGGUGGCUACUGCAUGGAGUACGGUGGGAGCUACCUGUGUGUGUGCCACACCGACUACGGCACCAACCACAGCUUUGCAGCGGUGCCGUCCCCCUGUGACUCUGAGCCCUGCCUGAACGGGGGCUCCUGCGAGACUCAGGAUGACUCCUACACCUGCGAGUGUCCCUCAGGUUUCCUGGGCAAGCACUGCGAGAGAGCCCGGCCGCGGCUCUGCAGCACGGCGCCGUGCCGCAAUGGGGGCACAUGCAAGGAGGCCGACGGCGAGUACCACUGUGCCUGCCCCUACCGCUUCACCGGCCGCCACUGUGAGAUAGGUAAACCAGACCCCUGUGCCUCGGGGCCCUGCCAGAAUGGGGGCACCUGCUUCCACUACAUCGGCAAGUACAAGUGUGACUGCGCCCCGGGCUAUGCUGGACGGCACUGCGAGAUCGUGCCGUCUCCCUGCUUCCUGAGCCCGUGUGAGAAUGGUGCGACCUGCGAGGACCUCGGCGGGGACUUUGUGUGCACGUGCCCCAUGGGCUACACGGGGAAGCGCUGCGGGACAGAGAUUGACUGCGGCAUGCCCAGCGCUGUGAAGCACGCCCAGGCCUCCUUCAACUCCACCACGGUGGGCUCGCUGGCCAAAUACCACUGUGAGCUGGGCUACGUCCUCAGCCAGCACAACAGCCCCCGCGUCUGCCGCUCGCAGGGCGUCUGGAGCGACCCCCCUGAAUGUGAUGAGAUUGAUGAGUGCCGGUCUCAGCCCUGCCUGAAUGGUGGCCAAUGCAAAGACCGCAUCGCCGAGUUCCUGUGUGUGUGUGAGCCAGGAUACACGGGCCUCCACUGUGAGUUGGAAGUUGAUGAGUGCCAGUCAGAGCCCUGUAAGAAUGGUGGAACCUGCCGGGACCUCUUGGGCUCCUUUGCCUGUUCCUGUCCCGAGGGCUUCGUGGGGACCCUGUGCGAAGAAGAAGUGGACGCCUGUGAGUCAGACCCUUGUCAGAAUGGAGGGGAGUGUGAAGGUGAUGGAGGUUCCUACCUGUGCGUGUGCCCGGAGGGUUUCUUUGGUUACCACUGCGAGACAGCCAGCGACCCGUGCUUCUCCAGCCCGUGUGGGAGCCGAGGCUACUGUCUGCCCAGCAAUGGCACCCACAGCUGCACCUGCAAAGUGAGCUACACAGGCAAGAGCUGCGAAAAAGAAUUGCUGCCACCAACCUCAUUAAAGGUGGAAAGGGUGGAGGACACUGGUGUGUUGAUUUCUUGGCACCCUCCUGAGGACGCAGCCGCCAGGCAACUCAUUGACGGCUACGCCGUGACGUACGUAUCCUUCGACGGCUCUUACCGCAGGACAGAUUUUGUGGACCGAAGUCGUUCUGCCCACCAAUUGCGGGCACUAGCCUCCGGCAGAGCCUACAAUAUUUCUGUCUUUUCAGUCAAACGCAACGUGAACAACAAGAAUGAUAUCAGCAGGCCUGUCAUGCUCACCACGCGCACUAGACCGCGUCCGGUGGAAGGCUUUGAGAUCACGAACGUGACGGCCAGCACCAUCACGGUGCAGUGGGCUCUCCACCGGCUCAAACACUCCACCGUCAGUAGGGUGCGUGUCUCCAUCCGCCAGCCUGGGGACCUGGAAGACCGCACGGUGGAGCUGAACAGCAGCGUGGCCAAGUACACCUUCCUGGACCUGCAGCCAGGAGAGCGGUACAUCGUCCAUGUCACGACGCUGAGUGGCAUGGGGACGGAAGAUCACCCCUCGGAGAGUCUGGCCACUGCCCCCUUCCACGUGUGGACGAGGCCUCUCCCCCCUCGCAACCUCACAGCCUCCCGCGUCACCCCCACCUCUGUGUCCAUGACGUGGGAGCAGCCGCCCACCGGUGCCGUGGAGGGGUACAUCAUCAACGUCACCACCGCGCAGAGCGUCAAGAGCCGCUACGUGCCCAACGGGAAGCUCGUGUCCUACACCGUGCGGGACCUGCUGCCCGCGCAGCGCUACCGCCUGUCUGUGACAGCUGUGCAGAACACAGAGCAGGGCCAAGUGCACAGCGAGCCCAUCCACCUCUACGUCACCACCUUGCAGAAGGACGGGGCUCCAGAGAGGCGCUGGAGCCAGGCCGGCCAUCCCCGUGUGCUGCGCAACAGGCUGCCCCCAGCCUUUCUGCCUGAGCUCCGCUUGCUCGCAGACCACGACACAGCUGAGGAGCCUUCACCAGCCCCCAGGUUCACUGAGCUGGUGGAUGGCAGGAGGAGGAUCAGUGCCAGGUUCGGCACUUUGCCAAGCAAAUCCAUCACCGUGAAGACACAGCCAGAGGCUCCCGUGAGGCUGGAGAACACCGAGGAGCCCAGCCGGAGCAGUCUGGCACUGCAGAUGCGAGAGGCAUGGAGCAAAAGCAUCAGGCAGAACUGCUCCACAAACCCAUGCAAGAAUGGAGGCACCUGUGUAAGCGAGAGUGAAUCCUACCAUUGCGACUGCAGCCCGGGCUUCAAGGGCAGGCACUGUGAGCUAGCAGCCUGCAAGAAGGUGCCACACUCGUGCACACGGCUGUACUCGGAAACCAAGUCAUUCCCCGUGUGGGAAGGAGGCAUCUGCCACUACCUGUACAAGAGAAUAUACAAGGUACACCAGGAUGUAUGCUACAAGGAGAGCUGUGAGAGCACCGGUUCCAAGAAAACCAGCAGAAAACGAAGCAACAGUCACACACUGAAGAAGCCAUAG